CAGCUCUCGCCUCUCGGCCACAGCGCGCGCGGCUCACACUGGCACCCAGAAGACCACGGCCUCCAUCGUGCAGCAUCAUCACUCGCGUCUAGCUUGGAGCUUGGAGGAGGACAUGGACAGGUCGCGCUACUGCUCUCCGCUUCCCCUGCACCUCCUCCUCCUCGGCCUCAUCUCGCUCCUCCACGCCUGCUCCGCCGCGUCCGUCACCGCCGGCACCCCCGACGGCUCCGAGCUGUGGGGGUACGUCGAGGUCCGGCCAAAGGCGCACCUGUUCUGGUGGUACUACAAGAGCCCGGCGCAGAGGACGCCGUCCAAGCCAUGGCCAACAGUCCUCUGGCUGCAGGGCGGCCCGGGCGCGUCCGGCGUCGGGCUCGGCAACUUCCUGGAGGUCGGGCCGCUGGACGUCGACCUGAAGCCGCGCAACUCGACGUGGCUCCACAAGGCAGACCUCAUCUUUGUGGACAACCCGGUGGGCACAGGGUACAGCUACGUGGAGGACGACAGUCUGUUGGUGACCAGCGACUGGCAGCAGGCGGAGGACAUGACCACGGUGGUCAGGGCGCUGGUGAAGGAGGUGCCCACCCUGGCGACCAGCCCGCUGUUCCUGGUCGCCGAGUCCUACGGCGGCAAGUACGCCGCCACGCUCGGCGUGUCCGUCGCCAGGGCCGUCCGCGCCGGCGAGCUCAACAUCACGCUCGGAGGUGUGGCGCUUGGAGAUAGCUGGAUCUCGCCGGAGGAUUUCAUGCUCUCCUACACACCGCUGCUCCUGAGCGUGUCGAGGCUGGACGACAACGCCGGCGACGAAGCAAACAAGAAGGCGGAGACAGUGAAGGAGCAGAUCGUGGCGGGGCAGUGGGCCGCCUCGCACAAGUCCUGGGUCAGCCUGCUAGAUUUCAUCGACGACAAGAGCGGCAACGUCGAUGUGUACAAUUUCAUGCUUGACUCCGGCAUGGACCCGGUGGCACUCGACAUACCUUUGGGUUCAUCACUGACGAGCAGCUUGCAUGCCACGAAGUACUCGACGUCCCAUCGCGGCCAGGACUCCCAACCUGACUCCAACACCAUUGACAGCAUCAUGAAUGGGGUCAUCAAGCAAAAGCUCAAGAUAAUCCCCAAGAACUUCACGUGGGGGCAGCAAUCCGACUCGGUCUACCACGCGCUGGUCAACGAUUUCAUGAAACCAAGAAUCGAUGAGAUUGAUGAGCUGCUGUCUUAUGGCGUUAAUGUGACGGUGUACAAUGGCCAGCUCGACGUAAUCUGCUCGACCAACGGUGCAGAAGCAUGGGUUCAGAAGCUCAAAUGGGAUGGUCUGAAGAGUUUUCUGAACCUGCCAAGGCAGCCUCUGUACUGUGGCGGUGGCGCCAGCAAAGGAACCAAGGCCUUCGUCAGGUCCUACAAGAACCUGCAUUUCUACUGGAUUCUUGGAGCUGGGCAUUAUGUGCCUGCAGACCAGCCCUGUAUCGCGCUAAGCAUGAUCAGCAGCAUAACCCAGUCACCAGCAAGCUAGUAGUUGAUUUGCCAAGAGCAAAGGAGGGCUUCAAGCAGCAAGCACAAGGUCCCGGAGGACCAUUCAGCGUUCUUGAAGCGUGGGAUAGAUUGAAUACGUGAAAGGCCAUGCAGUUGGCGAUGCCAUUUUUAUAUAGGAAAAAAUCCGUUUAAAACAGAGCACUGAUUUGAUAAGAAAGAGGUUGUAUCAUCUCAUAUUACAAAAUUUUGUGCAGAGGCUGGAACUUUUUUUUAAUAAUGGAAAGAUAUAUGGCUUCAUAUA